AUGGCCGACGACAUCGUCAUCGACAAGCAGCUCUUCCACGACCGCCUGGGCAGCUUUGUCGCAAAGUGGAAGGCCGACAAGCGCGCUGGUGAUGCCGUUUUCCAGGGCGCGAGCUCCAUAGCCACCGUUGUUGGCAAGGCGAGCGAUCCAGGCAGCUACCUCAAGCCUGCAGCGUUGCAGCUAUGGCUGCUAGGCUACGAGUUCCCCGCAACGCUCUUCAUCCUCACGCCCGACCUCCUCCAGAUUGUCACCACCAAGAAGAAGGCCUCGUACUUGGAGCCGCUGAAGGGCGGCAAGGUGCCCAUUGAGAUUCUUGUGCGCGGAAAGGACGCCGAGGAGAACAAGAAGCAGUUCCAGACAUGCAUCGAGACACUCAAGAACGCCGGCAAGAAGGUCGCCGCCCUGAAGAAGGACAAUUCCACCGGAGGGUUCGCAGACGAGUGGAAGGCUGCCUUCGCCGAGGCUGGCAUCAAGGAGGAGGACCAGGUCGAUCUGGCGCCGAUCCUCUCGCAGGCCGCCUUGUCCAUCAAGGACGAGAGGGAGCUGCGCACCAUCCGCGACGCUGCCCGCGCGUCGAGCGCCCUCAUGACCAACUACUUUGUCGAGGAAAUGUCCGACAUCCUCGAUUCAGAGAAGAAGAUCACCCACCGAGCCCUCGCCGACAAGGUUGCGAACAAGAUCGACGAUGCCAAGUUCUUCGAGAAGCAGAAGGUCUCCAAGGCCUUCGACGCCAUGCAGCUCGACUGGUGCCUGCAGCCCACCAUCCAGAGCGGCGGCGCCUACGACCUCAAGUUCGCGGCCGAGCCCGACGAGAACAACCUGCACCCCGGCGUCAUCAUCUCCGUCCUCGGCUUGCGCUACCAGACAUACGGCGCCAUGGUCGGCCGUACCUACAUGGUUGGACCUAACAAAGAGCAGGAGACGGCGUACAAGCUGCUUCUGGCCAUCCACGACUUGGUCAUCAAGUCGAUCAAGGACGGCGCAGUCACAAAGGACAUCUACAACAAGGCGCUCUCGCAUCUGAAGUCGAAGAAGCCAGAGUGGGAGAAGCACUUCCCCAAGAACGUUGGAUACGGCAUUGGAACCGAGAACAAGGACAAUGCUCUGCUCCUGAGCGGCAAGAACGUGCGCGUUCUAAAGGACGGCAUGACCAUUGUCGUUCAGACUGGCCUGCAGGAUUUGGAGAACAGCAAGCCCCAGGACAGGAAGAGCAAGACGUACUCACUGGUUCUGGUCGACACGAUCCGUGUUGGCCAGGGAGAUGCCUCCGUCUUCACAAAGGACACCACAUCCGACCUGGACGCCGUCUCGUUCUUCUUCGAUGACGAGGAAGAAGAGGCCAAGCCGAAGGUCAAGAAAGAGAGCAGGCCGGCCAUCGCACAGACCAACAUCACCAAGACCCGCACACGACACGAGCGAACAACGAAUCAGGACGCGGAGAAGGAGGAGCAGAGGCGGCAGCAUCAGCGCGAGCUGCACCAGAAGAAGCAGCAGGAGGGCUUGGAACAGUACAGCGAAGGCGCCAAGUCUCUCAAUGGCACCGAGGAGAAGAAGUUCAAGCGCUUCGAAUCGUACAAGCGCGACAACCAGCUUCCCAACAACGUUGCAAACCUGGAGAUUGUCGUGGACAAGAAGGCGCAGACGGUCAUUCUGCCCAUCAUGGGUCGUCCGGUUCCCUUCCACAUCCACACCAUCAAGAACGCCUCGCACACGCCCGAACAGGACGUCACAUCACUUCGGAUUAAUUUCCUCUCACCCGGCCAGGGUGUGGGCCGAAAAGACGAUCAGCCUUUCGAGGAUCCCAACGCUCACUUCAUUCGCAGCUUGACGUUCCGCUCCCACGAUAUUGACCGCAUCGACCAGAUCACCAAGGACAUCACUGAGCUGAAGAAGGAGGUCGUGCGACGGGACCAGGAGAAGAAGCAGCUGGAGGACGUUGUGGAGCAAGACAAGCUCAUCCUCAUGAAGACUCGCAAGCCAUUCUCACUCGACCUGAUAUUCAUUCGGCCCGCACUCGACGGCAAGCGCAUCCCUGGAAGCAUCGAAAUCCAUCAGAACGGUCUGCGAUACGUCCACGGCGGUGGCAGCGCGAGGAUCGACGUCCUUUUCAGCAACAUGAAGCACCUGUUCUUCCAGCCAUCGCAACACGAGCUGAUUGUCAUCAUUCACGUCCACCUCAAGAACCCCAUCAUGCUGGGCAAGAAGAAGACAAAAGACGUGCAGUUCGUUCGUGAAGCUACAGAGAUGCAGUUCGACGACACAGGCAACCGCAAGCGCCGGCACAAGUUCGGCGACGAAGAGGAGUUUGAGCAGGAACAAGAAGAGCGCAGGCGAAGAGCAGCGCUCGACAAGGAGUUCAAGAACUUUGCGGAGAAGAUUGCAGACGCGGCACGCAACGAGAACGUCAGUGUCGACAUUCCGUACCGCGAGCUCGGCUUCAACGGUGUGCCUGCUCGAUCCUCGGUCCUAAUCCAGCCCACGACAGACUGCUUGGUGCAGCUCACGGAGCCUCCGUUCACGUGUCUGACACUCUCUGAGAUUGAGAUUGUCCACCUCGAACGCGUGCAGUUUGGUCUGCGGAACUUCGACAUGGUCGUCGUCUUCAAAGACUACAACCGCCCGCCCGUCCACAUCAACACCAUCCCCGUCGAGUCGCUCGACCCGGUCAAGGACUGGCUGGACUCGGUCGACAUACCCUUCAGCGAGGGUCCGCUCAACCUGAAUUGGGCCACCAUCAUGAAGACGGUCACGUCGGACCCGCACCAAUUCUUCGCCGACGGCGGGUGGUCGUUCCUAUCCACCGAGUCGGACGACGAGGAUGGCGAUGAGGAGGAAGAGGAGUCUGCGUUCGAGGUGUCCGAGUCGGAACUCGCCAUCUCGGACGAGUCGUCCGAGGAGAGCGACUUUGACGAGAACGCAUCCGAGGAGAUGAGCGACGAGGGCUCCGAGGACGACUUCUCAGAGGGCGAGGACUGGGACGUGCUCGAGAAGAAGGCCGCGCGGAAGGAUAAGGAGGGCGCGCUGGACGACGAGGAGGAGAAGCCUAAGAAGAGGAAGCGCUGA